UGCGCCACCGUGCGGGUUUCUCGAAGGUACUCUUGGCAUGGGAGCCGCGCUGUACGGCGGCGGCGGCGGAGGUGAGCCGCAGGGGUUCUUCGGGAUGGCGGCGACGGGACCGGACGCAGCACUGGUGGGGUUGGGCGACGCGGCAGAGGGCAGCGACCUGGGCACGUUCGGGCAGGAGACGAUCGCUCGAGCGUACAGCCCCGGCGACUUGCAGGUAAUUAACGGAGGAGGCCAGCAUCUGAUGGUUGGAUGCAGCGGCAACUCCCGGCCGCCGCUGCCGGCCACCGACGUCUCACCGUUGGAAGACUCCUCCUACAAGGUUGGCCGCUUAUCCGUGGAGGAGAGGAAGGAGAAGAUCCACAGGUACAUGAAGAAGCGGAACGAGCGAAACUUCAGCAAGAAGAUCAAGUAUGCUUGUAGAAAAACCUUAGCCGACAGCCGACCUCGAGUCCGGGGAAGAUUUGCCAAGAAUGAUGAACUUGGAGAGCUGGCAAGACUGAGAUCCAGCAACCAUGAAUUCGAGGACGAGGAAGAAGUGGCCAUCAAGGAAGAAGACAUCCUCAACACCUCUGACAUCCUUGCACAUCUCAGUGGGGUGAACUCAUUGAAGUGCAACUACACCCUUGAAUCCUGGAUAUGACUCGUGUGGCUACACAAAGAUAGUGUUGAUUGUAGACUUGUUGCGGCCAUCCUCGGCAGCAAAUCUAAUCAUUCUCAGUUCAGUAAACUCAAUAUGUGGAGACCUGAAGAAGGUAUCCCUGCAUCCAAAUGCAGUUGUGGAGUUACCCGUAGAUCAAGAAAUCAGUGAACUCUGUAUACUUCCGAAAGUUUCGGAUGACACGGAAUCCAAUUUUGUCUAAUUACUUCACGAAUGUUUAAUCCGUCAUUUCAGAU